UUAAGCACCCAUGUUUCUAACAAUUUGGUCGACCAUAAUAUAUUAAUAUAUAAAUGUAAAUAUUUUCUUUAAUGGCAUAAUAUGAAUAUUCCUUAUACUAGUAUAACAUGUUGCAACCUUGAACCACCUAACUUUCUUUCCAAAUUAGUCUUCAACCUCUCAUUAUAAAAUACCAAAAAAAAAAAACAUAAAACCCAUGACAAGGCCCAUAACCUUGUUCUUUGGGGACAAUGAACACACCUAGCUUCCCAAACAAAUUCUCAUAUUCUCUCUCCUAUAUUUAUUGACCAACCCCAUUUUUCUCUCCUUUUGAUUUGAAUUUAUAUCAUUAUUUUAUACUUUCUUUAUCGGUUUUUCAUAUCAAAAGGUCACACCUUCUUCUAGAAAGCAGAAACAGGGCAUAACAUUACGUACUCCAUAACAUCAUUACCUUCCUCAUUCUUCAACAAUUUCCCUCAUUUCUUGGCACCUUCAUUUUCAAACCAUAUUUCUUCCUCCCCAAGUCACAAAUCUAACACUUAAAUCACCCUUUUCUUUUUGACAAAAAUACCCAAAAUUUCAGGGGAAAAACAGAGAUGAAAGAACAAUCAAUUGUGCCAAAAUUAGAAUUAAAUCAACUCAAAGUUUUUGGCCCAGUUGGAAGAGGAGCAAAAGGGGUUGUUUUUCAUGUCAAAAUCAAUGAUUUGGGUGAAGAUUUGGCGUUAAAAGUGGUGUUGAAAUCCGCCAUUAAAUCCAAAACUGAGAAACAGAGUAAUGGGGUUGUUGAAGUUCAAAACAGAGUAUUUUUCGAACAACAAGUUUUGAAGGAAUUCAAUCACACCCUUUUGCCGAAACUUAAAGGGGUUCUUGAAACUGAUAAUAUUUUUGGGUAUGCCAUUGAUUAUUGCACUGGUGGUAGUCUUAGUUCUCUAAGAAAGCUUCAAGUUGAGAAGAUGUUUUCCGAUGAUAUAAUUAGAUUUUAUGGGGCUGAAAUUGUUUUGGCAUUGGAAUAUUUGCACAAGAAAGGGAUAGUUUACCGAGAUUUAAAGCCGGAGAAUAUAUUGAUUCAAGAAAAUGGUCAUCUAAUGUUGGUAGAUUUCGAUCUUUCAACCAAACUCAUUCCUAGAUCGCCUAAAACUCGGUCGAGUUCGGGUUCGAGUUUGAGUUCGGAUUCGAGUUCGAGUGCAGAAUCGGUAAAAACAUCCGAUUUAGGAAAGAAAAAGUCGCAAUUGUCAAGAUUUACCGCGUUUUAUAACUGCGGUAAAACUAGAUUUUCACUAGAAGAAACUUAUUCGGGUAAAACAGAGGACGAGUUAGAAAACUCGUUCGAGUCAGACUCAGUGGGUAAAUCCAACUCGUUCGUUGGAACAGAGGAAUACGUGGCACCGGAGAUCAUCAAAGGGAACGGUCACGAUUUUGCGGUAGAUUGGUGGAGUUUUGGUGUCGUUUUACAUGAAAUGUUGUAUGGAACGACGCCGUUUAGAGGAGUAAAUAGGAAAGAAACGUUUUAUAGAAUCAUAUCAAAGUCACCUGAUUUGGUUGGUGAAACGACGCCGUUGAGAGACUUGAUCAGGAAAUUACUUGAGAAAGAUCCAAAACAAAGAAUAUCAUUGGAGGAAAUCAAGGGUCAUGAUUUCUUUAAAGGGGUUGAUUGGGAGAUGAUCGUACGGCUAGAAAGGCCUCCCUUUAUUCCUGAUCAAGAAGAGGUUGAUGAUGAGGGUAUAGAUGGAAAUAAAGCAAUUGAUGUUGAGAGUAUUGUUUAUGGAAUAUUUAGAAAAGAAGAGGUGGUUAAAAAUGUAAGUGAGGGUAAAAAUAAUAAAAAUUGUGAGGUAAAUAAUAGUGGUACAAAUAGUUGUGGUAAAUUAGAUGAAGAAAGUAAAACUAGAGGUGCUUGGGUUGAAGGGUUAGAGCAACCUUCUAUUUCAAGCAAUUUUUUGGUCUUUUAGAUUUGCAUAUUCUCGGCUUGUUAGUUAUUUUACGUUUUUAUUUAUGAAGCGUUUUUUUUUUUGGUAGUGGAAAAUUCAAUUUAUUAAAGAGGAGGAAUGCAACAAAAAAAGUAUAAAAAAAUAAGGUUGAUUCUUUGUAGUUUAUUUGGUGGAUUUUGUUGCACUUUAGCUUUUUAGUUUGUAUUAGUUGUAAAUGAAGUGUAUUAUAUACGUAGUAAUUUGAACUUUGAUGAGAAUUGAUAGAUAUUUUAAUGUGUUGUACACUUUUCUAUCAGAAAUCAAGUUAUCUAUUCCAUUUUUUUUAAAUGUAGUUUUUAUAAUGUUGUGUUCUUUAUAAUAUUAUCCUUUUGUUUUAAAAUAAUACAAUUUGUUAAUAAUCUUCUAGUACCAAUCGUUUACAUGGUGAUUUUUUUUUUGUUUUUCAUUUUUUUAAAUUUUUUUUAAUGUUAAAUACUAUGUGUAGUUGUUGACAGAAAUCUUAUAGUACCAAUCGUUUACAUGGUGAUUUUUUUUUGAUCCUUUUUUUUAAUGUUAAAUACUAUGUGUAGUUGUUGACAGAAAAUUUUCAUGUAGAAUGCCUCAAUGACAUGCAUGUAAUCAUAUCCUUGAUUGUCGGAAUUUUGAGAAGGGAUAUGUAUGAAUUGGUUUGUUUCAAAAUAAAAAUGGAAAUAAAGAGUCAAUUCUCACUUCCUUUUGUGUCUUUGUGGUGCUUUUUCAACACCAAAAACCAUGUAAUAAUAUGAAUGUGUGGGCUUAUAAAACCCUGCUAUAAAGGUCAUGUAAACUAUUUAUAGAUAUUACUAUAUUUCUUAUGUUU